UAUACAACAUAUAUAUUGCAAUGCACUUAUAUUUCCAUUAAAUAAAAAACUGAAAUUUGAAAAAAUAGAAAUACUUCGAGAAGACAUUAACAUAAUGAAAAGAAGACUAAAAACUGAACGACACCAAAAUAAUUUGAAAUAGUUGUGAAAAAUACUGCUUCUCUCAAAAAAAUUACGUUGCAUGAAAAAAAAAAAAAACAGAGAUCUUCGUUUCCGUGUGAAACACGCAUCUUUGAAAGUGAUUCGACGCGUGUCCAAAGCGUAUUGUGAAAAGGUCGGUUCCGUGCCAAUUAUGACAGAAUAAUCGCGCGCGAUGCCGUGAACGUUCUUGACGAUAAAGCUUCGUGAAUGCCGAAUGAUGUGUCGACGACUCGCGCUCUCUUUUCCGGAUACGAGUCAGGUCUUCAAAUAGUGUUAUCGCGUACGCACACACGCACGCAGACAUUGAUAUAAAGGAAGAUAAGAAGAGAGUUUGACAGAGUCGAACAGCUGAGUUCUCGGAAGCUGAAGAGAAUUUUUGGACUGUUACUUUGGAUUAUGUAAAGAGACUCGACGAGAGACCCGACCGCAAGCAGAAGGCAGGAGUUUCCCGUUACUAGCUCGACGAGGCGAGAAGAGAAAAAGCAGCAGUUCGUUUGCCGCGAGAUUUCGCGAAUCUCUCACGGUUUCCUCGAGCCUCUUUCGCAUCGAAUCGCGCGAGAAAUGAAACCAGGUGUAUACAAUGACACACUGUGAAUGAGUUUUAUUCGCAUCGACGAAUAGAAACAAAAUCAGAAAACAAAACCGAGAAAGAUGGUGUACAGAGGCAGUUUGCAAACGGACGAUCCCAGAGAUGCGCCGAAACUGGUUCGAGUGUCUCCGUUGCGCAGCAGCAGGCCCAUCAAUUCCGGGCCGAAUUCACGCGCUGCCGCUUCCGUUAAGGGAUCGAUUUAUCACAAUUCCUUUGCAGUACCAAUCGACGCAAAUCGGGCGCGAUUGAUCGAGGAGAGACGAUUGGGUCGCGAACGGGAUAUUGAGACGGUCGAAAAGGUAAUCAUGAGGACCACCGGAAUGAAGAUCGGCGCGCCCAGGCUGCGCAACAUCAGUCAAAUUCGCGAGACCGUCUUCACGGAUCAAUCUUUGACGCCGAUCGACAAAAUCAGCAAGCCGGAUUCUCGUAAUCGACCGCGCAGCGUCGACGUCGGUCUCGAAGAAGGCAAUGCCAGAAUACCGCGUACUCACAGUUCCCUUCUGGCAAAUCUGAAAGAUCUGGAAAGACUGAGAAACACUCAACCAACACAGAGAAAUCACAGAGAUUCGUCGCAGAGAAUGGGACGAUCAUUCGAAUCGAAAUUGGCGAUUCGAAACAAAAAGAGCGACCCGCCGACCUCGGCCAAGAUUCGGUCGGACAUCUUCAAGAUCCAGCAAAUGUUUCAAUCGACAGAUCCCUCACCCAAAACGGCGACCAGAAGUAACAACGAGAGAAAAAUCAAGAGCGAUUUGGAAAAAGAAGAGAGGAAAUCUGGAACCGAGAUCAACAGAACUCGACUGCUAGCGCAGAAGCUCCUAGAAGCGUCUAGAGGCAAUCGGGAGUGCUUAAAAGAUCGAUACAACAAUCCGAGGAACGUGUCAAACAGAACGUCAACCAAGGACGCGAACGAAAAAACGUCGAAUAAAAUUUUUCAAGAAAAGAUUUUAGAAAAGGACUCGAAAGACGAGCAAAAGGAAAGAGAAGAGACGAGUUCAGAAGAUCAGCCGCGUCCUCCCGCUCGCAGAAAGAAGAACUCGAAGAGCCGAGAGUGGAAAGACGCAGAUUGCUCCGCGGAUGAGCGCUCGCGCGAGUUGGAAACUCGAGGAGUCUACAAUCUUGAGAAGGAUUUAUUGAGCGCAUUGAGCGCGGAAGAAAAUUCUAGGUCUAGUUCUAAUCUGGAAAGACCGGAUAUUCUGGAUGGGCUGUUGAAAGAGUCCGACCAGCAGCUGGCUGAUCUCAGAAGCGAUCUUGGCAACAGAAGACACUCGAGAAGUCACUGGCGAGGAUUGGUACAAUCAAUGAGACUGCACGACGUUGAACUUCAUUCCGACAGCGAGGACCAGCGAAAAGAUUUAAACCUGUGGAACAAGAGCAUCAGUCAGCGUUGGCGGAAACUGCGUCGAAGAUGCUCCGUGCAGGAGUCGUCGGAGCCGCAGGAGGCGUUGAUACAGGGUGGAGGAAAUCGCGGUGUUAUACACGCUGUAAGAUCGACACCGGCUAGCAGAGAAGCCUCUCCGGCUGCGAAGAGUCUUCAGGAUGGUAGCUCGCCGAAGAAGUUGCUGCAGACUAGCUCUUUGAGGUUGCCAGGUACGACGAAAGGCAUCGCCGAUAUCCAGCACGUGCUGCGCAGCAAAUUCAGCAAGAUCAACGCUGGCAUCAGAAAGCGGAAGGCUCUGAGCGUGACGGAAGUAUUUCCUCCACAGAAAGACAACGCGUCCAAUUUUUAUGUGCCAAGUCCGCUCACCUCAUCAUCCAGUCAAACUUUUGAAGAUAAUCGCUACGAUUCGAGCGAGCCCACAUCCCUUCCGCCCUAUCCUUUCCACGACAACCUGGAAACUUUAGCGGAGAGUAGCGUUCCAAACUCGCCACAUUGCGCCAGUCCGCUAGCCGGUAACACCGGCGGCAACACCUUCAAUUACUCGGAGAGCAGCUACGAAACGAAAGGCGACUUCUACGAGAACGUGACGUUUCUCUCCAAAUCUUCUUCAUCGCGGAUUCAACCGGUUCUUCAACGUAGCAACUCGGAAAAUCGCGAGGCCAGCGGUGUGCACGAUCAUUCUUACGAGAAUGUGCGUUUCCAACGUAGCAGUCAGAGAAACGAGUUGGCCACAGGAAGUCCUUACGUCGGUAGACACUUGGCCAGAAGCAACUCCGAGACGAGAGAUCAUUCGUAUGAGAAUGUGCACUUCCAGAAAAACAUUAGAAAUCAGUCGGAACCGUCGUUCGAAGAAAUACACAUACCUAGAGUGACGCCCAGAAAGAGAUCCAUCGACUUCAAAGUCGGUGGAGAAGUGAACAAUUACUCGGGCGAGACUAUCUUGAGCACCGGAGGCAGCAUCAAGGAAGAUGCACCGACUAGUUUGGGUAUGGAAAGAAGUCCCAGCAAAAGAAAUCCGAGAAGACUUAACAGCAGGAGCGUCGCAAACAUUCCCAGCUCUUCGGGGACUCAUUUGAAAACUUGGCAAGGUACUCAAGAUGCGGACGAGGGUCUGAAUACGGAUUCGGAGCUCGAGGACAUCGACGAGGGCGCAGAGGGCGAGGAAUCGCGCUUCUGCACUUUGCCAAGACCCGGUAAGAGCGGCGCUUCUUUCACGAUACUGACCGCCCGAUUUCUCAAGGGUCCCGGGCACAAGGGACUCGGCUUCAGUAUCGUCGGUGGCACCGACAGUCCUCGCGGGACCAUGGGAAUAUACGUAAAAACUGUUUUUCCCAAUGGUCAAGCCGCUGACCUGGGUACUGUUAAAGAAGGGGACGAAAUUUUGUCGAUAAAUUCGAAACCUCUUCACGGUAUGACUCACGCCGAAGCAAUCGCCGAAUUCAAGUCCGUGAAAGCCGGUGACGUUGUUCUGCACGUGGGACGUCGAGUGAACAAGAAGAAAAGGGAUUCUCUGACUCUGACUCCGGUUAAUCCUUCUGUUUCGAGGCAGUCCGUCAAAUAAAGUCACACGAAAAUCGCGACGAGCGGUUUUUUGUUUGCCGAAAAACUUACUCGAUCUUUCGCGCCUUGCGAGUAUUCAUAGCAGCAGUACGCGCGUAUGUAAUUUUGCGUCUGUAGUAAGUUUCAGUUAAAUUAUUAAAAAUUUAAUGAACGUACUCAAACAUAUCUAUAAAUUUUUGAAGAGAAGUUUUGAAUGUGAGGAAGCGCUUACGAUCGCGAAUGGAGGUAUUGUUGAAGCAAGCGAUUUUUAUCAAAGUUGACACUAAUCUGAUGACCGCUUUCAAACAUGAUACACUUAUGAAGAGCGAGUCGAUGUGAUAAGUAUCUCACUCCUCUCUGCUAAACAUAAUCAAACGAGUCGAGUGCUGUCUAAUCAAAACGCGUUUUAAUCAUACGUGAUCAAUGUACACUAUGUCGAACGUAAAUAUUAUUGAUAAAUCAUCGUGUAAUGUUAUCUCUAAAGUUAUUAGAGAUAUCGGUGUAGCAAAAGAUCGUUCAAGCUUUUAGCUCAAUCGCAUUUUUCUACUCGCGUAAAUAUACAUAUAUUUAACAUAAAUUUAAUAAUACAAAAUAAAAGAAAAAAAAUAUGGCUUAUAUAAUAAUCAAUAAAACACUUGUGCGCGCAAAAUAACGUUAUAUAGAGCUACAAUACUACGCAACGAAGUCCUCCAUACAUAGUGAUUAACAGACGAUUUAUUUUUAUAAAGUGAACGAGAAUAUUCCGCGACUUUUGUACAAUUAAUGACGAGCAAAGUGACAUUUAUCUUUGCUAAAUCAACGAAAUGAAACAAAUCGAUCGCGAAGUAUCAAUUGUAUGAGGAACGAAUUAAAGCAUGCCAAAAUCGCAAAAGUCUAGGUUCAAAGAAAAUAUAAGAACUUUAAAAAUGGCAUAAGAUAGUAACAUUUUUUAAAUGAAAUAAUAACAAAUUAUGUUUUAUGUCUCUAAUUGUAUAUAUCAUUUUUACUCUUAGACACAAAUUAAGUAUUUAAGAAAGACGUUUUUCGUCAUUUUCAAUGGUGCUUAGAAGAAUCAUUUUUAUGCGGAUGACUUUUGCGAUCCGAUGUAAGAAGAAAAGGAUGCAUUACUGCAGUGGUAAGAAACAAAUUAUUUUUUAACGAUAGACUAACGAAGAUCGCCCAAAGAUGAAGCCCAAAAAAUAUUUUUACUACAAAGACGAAAGACAUGAGUAGAUAUGUAGAGAGAGAAAGAGAGCGAGAGCGAGAGCAUGUGUGUAUAAAUAUAUAAUAUAUAUAUAUAAAGCAAAACACGCGUGUUACUCUGAGAGGAAGCAACAUUAUUAGUAUCUAGUCGAUUUGUAAUAUUUUGUUUUUUGAAAGCUUUUUUUAUAGUUGCAACGACGAAAGAAAACAAAGAAGUUUUAUAUAU